AUGUCAGAUUCCACGUUGCUGAACGUGGACACCAAAGUCGGUGAGAAGCACAAGCCUGUCCCAUCCAUCAAGGGGAAGGACGAGAGGCAGAGGAGGUGGAGCAGCUCGUCCAACAUGGCAGGGGGGGACAGAAGGCGGAGCAACGUGCAGUCCACACACACCAAGGCUCACAACUUGUCCUCAGCUCUUGAGGGGCAGCAGAAAGAGAGGAGAAAGCUGAGGCGCAUCGUGGAUUCUGUCUUUGGACAGGGGGCAGUAUCCCUGGAAGGAGGCGGAGGUGUCCUUGGGGACCACGGGGGGCCGACGGGGGCCGACGUGGACGAGGAGAUCGCUCUGGACGACUCGGGCAGCGAGCAGGAGUUCGGCGACCCCCUGAACACACUGGUCCACAACUGCACCAUGUUGCACCACAUAGUGGGACCGGCCUGCAUCUUCCUCAGACAGGGCUUCGCACAGUCGCAGCUCGACAGGGACCUCCGCCCAGAGGAGAUAGAAGAGCUCAAGGAGGCCUUCCGCGAGUUCGACAAGGACAAGGAUGGCUUCAUCAGCUGCAAGGACCUGGGCGAGUGCAUGAGGACCAUGGGAUACAUGCCCACUGAGAUGGAGCUCAUCGAGCUGAGCCAGCAGAUCUGUGGUGGGAGAGUGGACUUUGAAGACUUUGUGGAGCUCAUGGGCCCCAAGAUGCUGGCGGAGACAGCGGACAUGAUCGGUGUGAAGGAGCUGAGAGAUGCCUUCAAGGAGUUCGAUUCCAACGGCGACGGGCAGAUCAGCCUGGCUGAGCUGCGCGAGGCCAUGAAGAAGCUCAUGGGAGAGCAGCUGAACCACAGGGAGAUGGACGAGGUCCUCCGGGACGUGGACCUCAACGGGGACGGCCUGGUCGACUUCGAGGAGUUCGUCCGCAUGAUGUCCCGCUGACGUUGAGGAGAGGCCUCGCCCCCCGGAGCCACCAGCCACCUGCCCCUCAACACAGGGAAUGAUGAGAGGAGAGCAGGGGCUGCAACGCUGCACCCCACACACACACACACACACACACACACACACACACACACCUUUGUUCAGACGUAUGUUUACUGUGUAAAUACAUGUAACAGACGAUUGGUGGGUAGAAACACAUCGCCUUUAGUUUUAGUUUUUUUAUUGCUGCCAAAAAACAUGACUGAUUAAGUGAUGAACACUAAGGGGUACAUCUCACAUUCUCACACACACACACACACUGGACUGGGAGCGCUGCUCAAACACACUGAUUUCUCAUUUGUUCACCUUCAGCCGGGACAGUCAGAGCGUCAAUGUGGGAGGAACACACUCGACCUUCUCAGUGUCAUUAAAUGUACGUGAUUUUAGCUUAUUUCUCGUCUUGCCUCGUGUGAGAGUGCGUGUGAAAGAGAGAGAGAAUGAGAGAUGCUGCGGGGUCCAGCCUAAGGACCAGAUACCACUUCAGAGUCCAUGAAGAGGGAAACUGUCCCAUAACUGUGUGCUCAGCACAGAACCACAUGCCAGCACCAUCCGUUACCAUGACAACCAGCCAAAUGUCUGGCUUUGAGUCCUGUACAGUUGAAAGCCUGCGCACCAUUUCUCUUAAGAGUCUACAGGGAAAACACAAGACUCAUAUUUAAUAGCAAUAUAAGACAAGUCAUCAGCCAAAGAGACUAUCUGUAUCUGCAGCAAAGAACCCUUUUUUAAAGACAAGGGCUUUUUGCCCUUUAGUUUGUCAUUAUUUCUCAUUAUUGCUCCUCCUUAUCCUCAAGAGGCUCGUGGCGCCCCCUGGUGGCCAGUCCGUGGAUGGGCGGCUCUGUCAUCAUCAUCAUCAU